CCUGGUGUAGGUCUAACGAUCUGUGAUGAAGUCUCAUGAAGUCCUCCACAGGAGCUGACGUUAACAGUCAGCAGGAACGCCCAGUGAAGAUUCUCCAGCAGACAGAAUCUCACCUCACACCUACAGUUUCUCUCCAAGGCCAUCCUAUUGCCUUCUUCAAUAAUGGCCAGCCGAAGGAAGUCUUCGACUCCCUGUAUGAUCCGACCUAGCGACAUGAUGGAGCAGGAUGACCCAGAUGACAUGGACUCUCCUCCGGUCAACAGUGCUGUGGAGAACGGAUCUGCUUCUCUGCUCCACGGCGAGGACGGGGCAUCGGUGAAGAGCCCCGGCCCGGUGAGCUCGGCACGUGUGGUGACCGAGCCCGAGAGGACUGAAGCAGAACCCCGGCCGCAGCGGAAGCUCCAGGGAGGCUACGAAUGUAAAUACUGUACCUUCUCCACGCAGAACCUGAACGAGUUCAAAGAACACGUAGACUCUAACCACCCCAACGUCAUUCUGAACCCUCUGUACCUGUGUGCUGUCUGCAACUUCAACACGAAAAAGUUUGACACUUUGACCGAGCACAAUGAGAAGUGUCACCCUGGAGAAAGUAACUUCAAGUUCAGAAGAAUCAAACUGAACAGCCAGACCAUUCUGGAGCAAACCAUUGAAGGUUCAAAUUGUGCAGUCAUCUAUGAUGUGACCAGUGCCCAAGGUGGUGGGGAGGACUUUGCCACAUUUCCCCUCAGUAAGUCCACUACAGUAAAGAUUGGUAAGCCAAAACCAGACAUCAAGCGUCCAUCGGUUGAUGGUCAGAUGGAAUACAACCCAGACCUUCCUAAAAAGCAGUACACUGCAGUGAAUGUGAACGGAACUGUGAUCAUUCCAGAUGCAUCACUGAAAGAUGGACUCUCUCACAUAAUGCCCUCCCUACAGCGUCCACCCAACUUCAAUCUUGUUCCAAAAAUUGCUGUACCGUUGAACACUUCUAAGUACAACCCCUCUCUGGACGGCAAUUUGACACUCAUCACUUCUUUCCAGAAAUUCCCCUACCCGACCCAGGCUGAGCUGUCUUGGCUCACCGCCGCCUCGAAACACCCAGAGGAACAAAUCAAGGUGUGGUUCACGACUCAGAGGCUGAAACAGGGCAUCAGUUGGUCACCUGAGGAGGUUGAGGAGGCUCGCAAGAAAAUGUUCAAUGGCACCAUCCAGCCAGUCCCACACACGGCAUUCACCGUAUUACCUGCCCAGCUGACCCAGUCCAACAAAUCCUCACAGUCCCUUAUCCAGACCGUCCCAUGCCAUCUGCUUGGGACGUCUAGUCUUGUGCUGACAACAGUUGCCAACGGGACGACUGUGACGUGUGCACCGAUUGCAUUGACGGUAGCGACCCACGUGGCACAGGCAGUCAAGAGGCCCCUCACGGCGCCCAUCGUUGCUACGGAGGUGAAGCGGCCCUCUAUCAUCAAGUCCCUUCAGACCGUGCCCAAAUCAGCCUCCCCUACCCCCAGCUUAUCAGACUGCAACAAAACACCCGAUCAGAUAAGAGAACUUAAGGCUAGUUAUAGCCUGUGUCAGUUCCCCGAUGAUGAGGAGGUGUAUCGCCUUAUAGAGGUCACUGGUCUCUCCUGGGGCGAGAUCAAGAAAUGGUUCAGUGACCAGCGUCACAGCAGCCAUAAGAGUGCUCUGCAGAUCAAGUCUGAGGUUCUGCUGAAAGACGGCCAACCACAGAAGUCCGUUCCCACGCAGUUCCCCCUCCUGGAGAGAGUGAAGGGCAAGUCUUCAGAGCAACUGCAAAUGCUGGAGGAGAGUUUCCAGCGCACCAGCUUCCCAACGCAGGCUGAAAUCGACCACCUUGUGGCGGACACCAAACUCUCCAAGAACGAGAUCGACUGCUGGUUUACGGAGCGUCGGGCGCUCCGGGAUAAUCUAGAGCAGGCCCUGCUGAACUCCAUGGGCCCAAAACAGCGGGGCUCACAAAAUGGAGUCCACGAUCAGGAUAACAGAGCUAGGUCCUCGCCCCUUCCCAUUCUCACAACCUCCACGUGUGCCGAGCCCAUCGACGGCAAGUCCUUAAGCCUGCUCAAGGACGUUUUCACCCAGACACAGUGGCCAUCACCGGACGAGUACAACCACCUGGAAAUCCAGACAGGCCUCGUGCGCACGGAGAUUGUUCGCUGGUUCAAGGACAGCCGUCUGGCUCUGAAGAAUGGAACCCUGGAGUGGAUGGAACAGUUCCAAACCUUAAGCGGCAAGAAACAGAACGGGCAGAGCUCCGCUUCGCUCACGGAACAAGCGCAGAGCGUCCUUCAGAGGCACUUCCAGGACACAAAGACACUAAAGGGAGAGGACACGGAGAGGCCGCCGUCUGAGCGGCCCAAACUCACCAAUCAAGAAAUUGUCGACUGGUUCACUUCCAAGCUGGGACACACAAUGUCAGACAUCAGCAAGGGGAGGGACCAACACGCACAGGCCAGUGUGGAUCAUGGAAGGUGGGUGCAGGUUACCAUGGCAGCUGAUAAUGAGAGGACCUGUUUGGAGACACAGAAAGUGACCCCAGAUCUUGAAGUUCUUACUGGAGAGCACCCUGGCAGAGUGACUGGGUGAAAUGAUUAUGGACAGAGUGAAGACGUCACAUACACUUGCCCAAACCAAGGCAGUUGCAUUUUAAUAUUCGGAACCAAUGAUUUUCCACCUUGACUGACAUCAUAGGCUCCAUUAACAGAGUUCGUGUGAAGCACUGACCUCGAGGUCUGAGCCGUGGAGUGCCAAAGCUGGACUGCUAUAUCAUCACACUCUUUAGAGAGAAAAAAAAGGGCCCUUGUAAAUAUUUUUUUCUAUAUGGCACCAGAUUUGUACAAUUUUUUUCGAAAAGGGGGAAGAGUUUUGUUACAUUUAUAAUAGGAGUCCCCCGACCAUUUCGCUUAACCUUUGCAAAGGAAUGUUAAAACACUUUUUGUGAGAAGACCGCUGACCAGCCUGUCUGUCUGGUUAUUUGUCAUACUUUAUAUUCAGAGACUAGAGUGUGGUUCAUGGUGGCACUUAUUACAUCACCAAGGACGGGCAGCAGCAGCAUCAUAACAGAACACUUGUUGGAAUCCUGGACUUCUUUUCAUUGGACCACAGAAACACUGCCUGCAAUCUCAUAAAGGAACGGUUUCCCAUGGAGUCACCUCGUGAACAUAAUACAAAUUGAAUCAAUAGUUAUGCACAGUACUUGUUUUAUGUAGUAGUCAUCGUUUCAUUGUUUGCAAUAUUUCUGCCGCUGGUCUUUUAAAUCAUGUUGACUCCUCCUGUAUCCAAGUUAGUUUCCAUUUCAACAGCAACGACAAGACUUGCUUUCCAAUAGCGCGAUGAUCUUUCAUUUUUUCUCCUCGGCCGCUGCUAUGGUGUCAUGUUCAGACAUGUAUCAGGAAUACUGUACUGCUACCGAGAAUUCUGCUUGCUCUUUUCUAAAGCAGUCUGCUGUAACUCAAUAAAACACAACCAAGUGA